CCGGAUCAGUCCUACAUAAUCUGCAACAUUCUCUUACCUAUCGCCCCCCCUUCGCAAGAUCCGCUUACAUCGCCGUGCGAACUACGCGCUUCCCUCGCCUGGACUGUAAUUGACCGAGGAUCGAUACCAAGACCAGCUCCCCCCCUCAAAGCGCAUAACUGUCUCUAGGCUCCACGCAGCAAUCCCGUAACCAUGUCGGUCGAAAUCGAACCUACAGAGCUGGGCUUCCAGCGCCCAUUUACGCAGGAGGUAUCGCAAAUCUUGAGGAUCAGAAAUCCCAACCAUACACCUAUCGCCUUCAAGGUCAAGACUACCGCGCCAAAACAAUACUGCGUCCGCCCAAACUCGGGAAGAGUCGAGCCUGGAAAGGAGGUCGAAGUUACUGUUCUUCUGCAGGCUAUGAAACAGGAUCCCCCCCUUGACGCCAAAUGCAGAGACAAGUUCUUGGUUCAAUCGGUUGCUGUCACACCUGACAGGGAGUUUGACAACGUCGGGUCAAUUUGGCAGCAUGUUGAUGACACUGAGCGCGCCUACGUCCAAGAGAAGAAGAUCCGCGUUGCGUAUCUUCCAGCAGGAGGUGCCGAGAAGCCAGCAGCUACGCCUGUAAAGAACGGUGGAUACAGCUCAGAUGGAACUCACCUAUCACCCAGCAACAUACACCCCGCCCUCCGCUCGCCCUCCCCCGAAGAAACAUACACACCGAACGCGCGCUCUGUUAGCGGGCCUGCUUCGAAAAUCGAAGAUGAACCAUCGAACGCAAAAUCCCUCGCAGAUGCCAAGGCGUCCGCCAGCAACCCUUCAUCCACCUCCACUUCCGCACCCACCCUAAACAGCUCCUCGCCCAGCUACGAGGAUAUGAAGGCCAAGUUAGCAGAAGCGCAAGCAACGAUCGCGAGCUACGCACAGGACGGCGGAUUACGGUUGCGCAAGGCGACGCAGGGAGAGAGCGGCGACAAGACCGUCGACGAGGUUGUUAAUCGGAUUCAGGAGCCGCAGGGCGUGCCGCUGCAAGUCGUGGCUGCGCUCUGCUUGAUUAGCUUUCUGCUUGCGUAUUUGUUCUUUUGAUCACUCCCCUCUGCAUGCUUCUUUUUUUGGGGUUACGACAGAUGAUUUGAAGGGGGUUCGUGGUGGGCGUGAGGGGAGAGUCUGAGAUAGUAGCAUAGCGAUUCGGCUGCAGCGACGAUUGAUUGAUCAUGAGGACGAAGACG